UAGAGCAAAGCAAAACCACUAGCAAUCCUUAAAGCUAGGAAAACUCUAUGAUAUCUCACUGACAUCUUUAAAACCUUUGGCAGAAACUCUUAGCAAAGUUGAUGCUCAAUCCAAUACUCAAAAACCCAACAAUAAUCCCAUGUUUCUUAACCAUCUUUCUCUUCAUGGUUCCUCCACUUAUUCCUUCUUUUACCACUUCCCUUUCCUUAAACUCAAACCCCUCCAAAUCUCUCUUAACCACUCCCAAAACUUCCAAAAGUAUUUUAAUAGGAAAUGGAGCAGACUGAGAUUAGCUUGUUUUAAUACCAAUGCUAUUUCUCAUUCAUUUGAUGAGCUUUCUAUUGAAGAAAAUGAAGGGAAUUCGAAGGAAGUUUCUUUCUUGUAUUGGAUGGAAAAUAGAGGUAUAAAAGCCAAUCAACAAACUUUUCUUUGGCUUUUAGAAGGGUGUUUAAAUUCUGGGUCUAUAGAGGAAGGAAAGAAGCUUCAUGGGAAGAUUUUGAAGAUGGGUUUUAGUAAAGAACAUGUUUUAUCUGAAAAGCUCAUGGAUUUUUAUAUCGUUUCAGGUGAUUUAGACGCUGCAAUCAACGUUUUUGAUGAUAUGCCAAAAAGAAAUGUUUUUUCUUGGAAUAAAAUGCUUUCUGGGUUUAUUUCAAAGAAACUGGAUAAUAAAGCUUUGAGAUUUUAUUCAAGGAUGGUAGUUGAGAAUGUGAAUCCUAAUGAGAGAACAUUCGCCGGAAUUUUAAAGGCCUGUAGCGGUAGUAAUGUUUGGUUUGAAUAUGUUGAACAAAUUCAUGCUAGGAUCAUUCGUCAUGGUUUUGGUUUUAGCUCCUUUGUUUGUAACCCAUUGAUUGAUUUGUACACAAAAAAUGGAUUCAUAGAUUCUGCUAUAAAGGUGUUUGAUAAACUAUAUGUGAAAGAUAGUGUUUCGUGGGUGGCUAUGAUCUCUGGUUUAUCUCAAAAUAGAUAUGAAGAGCAAGCUAUUUUGUUGUUUUCUGAGAUGCAUAUAUCGGGAAUUUUCCCUACUCCAUAUGUAUUUUCAAGUGUUUUAAGUGCUUGCACAAAAAUAGAGUUCUUUAAGCUGGGAGAGCAGCUCCAUAGCCUUGUUUUCAAACAGGGAUUUUCUUCUCAGACUUUUGUCUGCAAUGCUUUAGUAACUUUGUAUUCACGCUCUGGGAGUCUAGUGUCAGCAGAAAAAAUUUUCAGCAAUAUGCAGCUUCGGGAUGGAGUUACUUAUAACUCACUGAUCUCUGGGUUAGCACAGUGUGAAUAUAGUGAUAGAGCUCUAGAAUUGUUUGAGAAAAUGCAUCAUGAUUGCUUGAAACCCGACUGUGUUACAGUUGCCAGUCUUUUGGGUGCCUGUGCAUCUCUUGGAGCCUUAUAUACAGGGAAACAGCUACACUCAUAUGCUAUUAAAGCAGGAUUUUCUAUGGACAUAAUUGUUGAAGGUUCUCUGCUAGAUCUUUAUGUUAAAUGCUCUGAUAUAGAAACUGCAUAUGAGUUCUUUAGUACAACAGAGACUGAAAAUGUCGUUUUAUGGAAUGUGAUGCUUGUCGCAUAUGGGCAGUUAGAUAAUCUCAUUGAGUCUUUUCAUAUAUUUAGACAGAUGCAAAUUGAAGGAUUGGUGCCUAACCAAUUUACCUAUCCAAGUAUUUUAAGAACUUGCACCUCAGUAGGAGCUCUUGACUUAGGAGAGCAGAUUCAUUCUCAAGUAAUUAAAACUGGUUUUCAGUAUAAUGUGUAUGUCUGUAGUGUACUAAUUGACAUGUAUGCUAAGCUUGGAAAACUAGAAACUGCCUUAGAAAUUCUCAGAAAACUUCCUGAGGAGGAUGUAGUUUCUUGGACAGCUAUGAUUGCAGGGUAUACACAGCAUGAUAUGUUUUAUGAAGCUCUUAAACUUUUCGGAGAAAUGCUGAACCAAGGGAUCCAAUCAGAUAACAUUGGACUUUCAAGUGCAAUCAGUGCAUGUGCUGGUAUUCAAGCACUCAGUCAAGGAAGACAGAUUCAUGCCCGAUCUUUUCUCUCUGGUUUCUCAGAUGAUCUUUCCAUUGGCAAUGCACUUGUUAGUCUUUAUGCUAGAUGCAGUCAGAGGCAAGAUGCAUACAAAGCAUUCAAAAAAAUUGAUAAUAAAGAUAUUGUAUCAUGGAAUGCAUUGAUAUCAGGAUUCACACAAAGUGGGCUCUGUGAGGAAGCAUUGCAGGUUUUUUCCCAGCUGAAUAGAGCUGGAUUGGAAGCUACUUUAUAUACUUUUAUCUCCUCUGUUAGUGCUGCUGCUAAUACUGCUAAUAUAAAACAAGGAAAGCAGAUCCAUGCCAUGAUCAUAAAAAAGGGGUAUGACUUGGAAAUUGAAGUGUCUAAUGUUUUGAUUACAUUGUAUGCAAAGUGUGGUAGCAUUGAUGAUGCUAAAAAAGAAUUUUUGGAAAUGCCUGAGAAAAAUGAAGUUUCAUGGAAUGCCAUGAUCACGGGCUAUUCUCAACACGGAUAUGGCAUCGAGGCAAUAGAUCUCUUUGAGAGGAUGAAACAGAUUGGUGUGACACCAAAUCAUGUGACUUUUGUGGGUGUUUUAUCAGCUUGUAGUCAUGUGGGUUUGGUGGAUGAAGGCCUUGGUUACUUUGACUCCAUGAGCAAAGAACAUGGUUUAGUGCCCAAACCUGAACAUUAUGCUUGUGUUGUGGAUCUUCUUGGCCGAGCUGGUCUUUUGUGCUAUGCAAGAAAAUUUAUUGAGGAUAUGCCUAUUGAACCGGAUGCCAUCAUUUGGAGGACCCUCUUAAGUGCUUGUGCUGUUCAUAAGAAUGUAGACAUUGGAGAAUUUGCUGCUCAUCAUCUUCUUAAACUGGAACCUCAAGACUCAGCAAGUUACGUCCUCCUCUCUAAUUUAUAUGCAGUGUCUAAGAAAUGGGAUUCUAGGGACCAGACAAGGCAAACGAUGAAAGAAAGGGGUGUGAAAAAGGAGCCUGCUCAGAGCUGGAUUGAGGUUAAAAAUUCGAUUCAUGCAUUUUUUGUUGGUGACAGGCUCCAUCCACUUGCUGAGAAGAUAUAUGAGCACAUAGGGGAUCUUAAUAAACGAGCAGCUGAAAUUGGUUAUGUCCAAGACCGUUAUAGCCUUUUCAGUGAUGAGGAACUAGGACAGAAGGACCCGACUGUGUAUAUUCACAGUGAGAAGCUAGCUAUUGCUUUUGGGCUCCUUAGUUUGCCCAGUGCAAUUCCUGUUCGUGUCAUUAAGAAUCUUCGUGUGUGCAAUGAUUGCCAUAAUUGGAUCAAGUUUGUGUCCAUGAUAUCUAAUCGACUGAUUGUAGUACGAGAUGCAUACCGGUUUCAUCAUUUUGAAGGUGGCUCUUGUUCAUGCAGAGAUUACUGGUAAAUUAAUAUUGAAAUUGGGUGGACUAA